GCUGGCAAGCACAGCGUGGCACGCAUAUCUCGCUUCACUAAUUCGCUAACAUGAACAACGUGGCACACGUAUAAGUAGCGGUGGGUUUCAAGAGCCAUAGAGAUACCCGCACUUUCGCUAAAUAGCACGUCUUUCAUACCAACUUUUGAGAAACAUCAGUCUUCGCCAUUUCUAUCAUUCAUCAUGUGCAAUUAUACUUUCAUACAUCUCGAGUGCGGACACAAGGUCGACGACAAAGCAUAUACCGUGGACUGCCUACAAUUCGCACAGACCGGUGUCGCCUGUGAUCCUACCGACCCAGCCAAUCGUCGACAUCUCAGGAUCCUGAACGUGGACAAGUGUGGUAUGUGCGACAACUGUCUCCAUAAAGAAGGACUGGCCAAGAAGCGCGAAGAAGAAAGGUCCCGCAAAGACAGCCUUACCGACGUCAUGGAAAGGGAGAAGAUUCUCAGAGCACAUGAAGAACGUGCAAUACGAGAGUCCCGAGAGGAUGCUGAACGCAGGCAAGAAGAGCGUGCAAUACGAGAAUCCCGAGAGGAUUCCGAACGCAGGCAUCUCGAGCAAGUGAAAAGAGCUCGCGAACUAAGUCUUGCCGACGAAAGGAAGAAAGAGAAACAGUUGGAAGUAGGAUUCCAGCGAGUUUCGAAACAGUCCAAGGAGGAAUAUGACCGUAUGGUUCAACAGAAGGAAGAGUCAGACAUCGAGUACGCCACGAGAAUGUCUUUGGAGGCGGCGCAACGCGCUAGACAGGAGGAGGAAGACAUGAUAAUCGCUAUGCGGAACUCGAUGAUGUCCGAUUUCGAACAAGGACCAUUUGCGAACGAUGAAAACGGCUUUGUCAAGACUGGCAAGGCCACAGACAAGGAUGGGCGUACAUGGGAGUUUACACUGACCAAGACGGUAACUCACACAGCGACUGCGGUGCCAUCUUCUCCGUCCUCACCUCCAGCACCUGCUGCUCCACGGCCAUCUGGUGCUAUUCCUAUGCCUCCGCCCCCACCCCGAGCACCUUCAACACCCUCCACACGUUCGGCAUCUUCAGCAUCUUCAGUACCUUCGGUACCUUCAACAAGGGCUGCCCCAUCGUUAUCUGUUCCGAUGCCUCCGCCCCCGCCAGCCAGGAGAGCCUCAGCUCACAAGCCAGCGCCUCCUCAGCGAACACCCUCAAAAGACUUCACUUGCCCACCAGUAGGAGACCAGACCAUCGGACACUACACAAUAGGCAAUCGUCGCCAACCCAUCCUACCAACUCAAGAGCCACAGGCUCCAACAAGUCCGACGGCAACCCACGUCCGACGAGAACCCGCUCCUGCAGCCCGUCUAGGAGGUCAAAUCGGUCCCGAUAUUCUAUCGCAGCCGGGGCCGUAUGAACAGAUCAAGAUAGGGCAAGGGAGGCCUAAUCUGCGUCCCUCAGUAGGACCGAAGCGUACAGUUUCCACACCUGUCGAGAACGCGAUGGAUCCCAAGCUACUAGCUGCCAUGGCCAAGCAGCGCUUGUGGGAGGAGGAAGAGGUGGAGGAGCAGCAGUCGGUCAUAUCGGAAGUCUGCUCGGUGACUCCCUCCAUGUCCGCGUCCAACGUCGGCACACGCAUCACUACUCCUCCAGGAUCUACGAUGGAGAGGACCGGUCUUGUUCGCAGCCCAACAGCUCCUGCCGCACCCGCUUGGGGCUUUGACAAUGCAGAGUCGACUGGGAAAUCUUCUGCAACCCAAGUCAAUAGCGAUACUGACACGUGGGAAGCACCAGACAGGGAGUCCGUGAGCGCAAAGCGCAUCGAGAAGCACGAGUUUGACGGAAUGCGGAAGAAGGGAUGGGGAGAGCGAGCGGCAUAGUGAGAUAUGGUUAGUGGUUUAGCGAUCAUCGCAUAAGGGAAUUGGCGUUUUUUGGGUG